AUGAACAAUAAUGAUAUAGUUACAAAUCAUCGCUAUGAAAAUAAUUUAAAAAAAAUAAUUAUUAAUGAUUUUCAACAAGAGUUUCAAUAUUUUAAAAUCUUUAAUUGGCAAAAUUUAAUUAUAACAUCUUUACCUUAUCUGAAUAAUUUUGAAUUUAAAUUUAUCUGUUCAUUAUUAGAAAAUCUAAUUGAUAGUCGAAGAGAUAGUGAUGAUUCUUAUCUUUAUGUAGAACAUGUUCAAUUUUUAAAAAUAAUUGUCAAUUUAAUUAAUUUAAAACAUUUAAAUAUUUCAUUUAAAGGUAAAAUUGAUAUAAUAUCUGUAUUAUUAGAAAUAUUAAAACAAUCACCACAACAUUCAUCAUUAACUAUUGAUUCAUUUAUAUUACCAAUAUUAUUUAAUGAUGAUGAAUUAUGUAAAUAUUUAAAUAGAAUAAUUAAAAAAUUAGAUAUCUACAAAUAA